CGCACAUCGAAAUGUCAAGUGGGUGUUGACUUUAUGUCAACAGUGGAAUGAUUUUUAAAGGUCAAAGGACGUCCUAAUCGACUUUUUUCUUUAAUUCCUUAUCACUUGCUAUUGAAUAGUGUUAGUGAUUUUCUCUUUGAAGCUGAAAUUAAUUUAGUCCAACUUUCCUGUUAUUCAAUUUAUUAUUAACAAUGAUUAAUGAACCAAUUAAUGUCGUUGUCACUGGGGCAGCCGGCCAAAUUGCGUACUCCCUACUCUAUAUGGUAGCAAAGGGAGACGUUUUCGGGCCCUCUCAACCGAUAAUUUUACGUCUUUUGGAUAUACCACCCAUGAUGGGUGUUUUGGAAGGAGUCGUCAUGGAACUCGCCGAUUGCGCUCUUCCUCUUCUUAAAGAAGUUAUCCCGACUGCCGAUCCUAUCGUCGCUUUCAAAGACGUUUCGGCGGCUUUCCUCGUCGGUGCUAUGCCGAGAAAACAAGGUAUGGAACGUAAAGAUUUACUUUCAGCCAACGUAAAAAUAUUCAAAGUACAAGGUGAAGCUUUGGAUAAAUAUGCCAAAAAAGAUGUAAAAGUAUUAGUAGUCGGUAAUCCGGCUAAUACGAACGCUCUAAUUUGCUCAAAGUACGCUCCCUCCAUUCCAAAAGAAAACUUUACCGCAAUGACUAGGUUAGAUCAGAACAGAGCUCAAGCUCAGAUCGCCGCUAAAGUUAAUGUUCCAAUCGCGAACGUAAGUAACGUGAUUAUUUGGGGAAAUCAUUCAUCCACACAAUUCCCCGAUGCUUCUCACGCUACAGUAAUUGUAGAUGGUAAGCCCCAGCCAGCUAUAGAAGCUGUUAAAGAUGGCGAUUGGCUGAGAAACGUUUUCGUUUCUACCGUACAAAAAAGAGGUGCCGCAGUUAUCGCAGCUAGGAAAAUGUCUUCUGCAAUGUCGGCGGCUAAAGCGGCGGCAGAUCACAUGCGCGAUUGGUUCCAAGGUACACCCCCCAAUCAAUUUGUUUCCAUGGGUGUAGUUAGUGACGGUAGUUACGGAGCACCAAAGGGUGUUGUCUUUUCGUUCCCGGUUACCAUCAAGAAUGGUAAAUGGGAAAUUGUACAAGGUCUACAAAACGACGAUUUCGCCAAAGAAAUGUUGAAAAUAACAGGAAAAGAAUUGGAAGAAGAAAAAGUCGAAGCGAUUUCCAUCAUUGAAGCAUGACUAGCUAAUAAGCUUUGAAAUAUUGAACAUGAAAAAAUAUAUACGGAGUAUCAAAAUAGUGUAAAAAGUACGUUUUUAUUUUUUAGGAGUUUGAUAAAAUACCAAAAACAGUUUGUUCCAAUAUUAGACGAAAAUUAUAAAAAAUAUUGAUGAAAUUUCUAUAUUACAGAGUAUAUUCGCAAAGUAAUGCAUCAAAGUUUCAUUUAUUAAUCAGAAUGGUAGAAUACAAACUUUCUAUAUCAGUACAGUUCCACAAUCGUGAUUUCUAUGCAAUAAAAAAUUCCUGAAAGAUUUCAACGAGGUUGUAGCGGCUCUAAAGUUGUUCAUUCAGUGAUUCACUGAGUAAGACAAAAGACCGAAUGAACGAGUUCGUUGUCAUGGCGGAGUUUACAAAAAUCCAAACGCGUUUUAAUCUUUGCGAAUCGACUUUUUACCUGUCCCAACUGGGAUUUCGAAAGACAGUUAUCUUCAAAUGUCUUUUGAAGUAUUAUGAAAGUUAGCAUUGACAUUUUCUUGCUGAACUUGAUCAGGUAUCGAGGCUUCAACCCGAUUUCGAACCACGGUUUGAUAGAAACUAGCGCUAAUGCAAAUACCAUGUCGAAGAAGGAGCUCAGAGGUCAAUGCAGUGCUGCCUCUACCCAACUACACACGUUGCAACAUAUUAGGAAAAAAAUUUGAUGCAACAUUUUCGGGAUAUACCCUGUAUGCGAUACAUAUUCAUAAUGGUCUGUGAUUCUCAGUGUACUAAAUGAAGCAGCUGGAGUAAUUUUCGUACUUUUUCCACAUUUUUCGUUAAUUUCAUUAAUUUUUUUUCUUUUCUAAAAUUUCGAAAAAUAUUAUCAAACUCUAUAUUAGCUCGAUGUAUUUCAUUUCCAACAAUUUAUACUCUGAUAUAUAAUUAAAAAAAAAGUAGGAAAAAAUAGUAGCAGAAUUGCAUUUAUUUUAUUUUUUCAUUUUUAAUAUUUUGAAGCUUGCGUUUCUACCACAUUUCGAUUAAUUUCACACAGAAGAAGAAUAAAAAAAAUUGUUAAUGUAAAUAUUUAUGUUUAUACAGCAUUUUAUUAAUUAGCGAUAUUGGAUGUUUAUAUUCCUUACAGGUUCACAGGUAUUUUGGUUCCAAUUAAAAAUAAAAUUAUUUUUGCAA